UUGUAGCUUUAAUUUUUUCCCCUACUCUUUGCUCAGUUGUACCAACACUCGGCGUUAAUAAUAGCGAAUUGUGUGGAUGGGUUUCUCGCCAUUUAGUCAUAAACGUGACAGAUGGAUCUUGUCUUCGUUCUUUGUGUUUUCCUUACAAAGGGCAAGCUCGUCCUGCUCUUGUAAACCCAGGGUUAGCUAAAUUCGCUAGCUUAUGCUAUCUUCAAGUUAUGAAAUGAGGUGGGAUUAACUGUUCGUUAGUCAUUUCUUUCCCCCCUAAACUGAAUUUGACGGCGUAUUUUUAAACUGUCAAGAUAAGGGCAGUUUGAUAUCUCUUGAAAACGGUAAUCCCCCCCUCCUGGGCGAGUUUGGCUUGGCUGUAAGCUUUCAUCAUCAUCAUCUGCUGCCAAAAUGAUGGACUUUGACAAUAUACUGGACAUCGCCACACAGAACCGCACCGGCGGUGGUGUACAGAAGAGAUACAGUUUGCAAGCUGGCCCUCCCAAAAAGGACCCGAAGUCAAAGGGAGUAAAUCCUGCUGCUGUGCAAGCACUUCUGAAGAAGCAGUUCCAUGACUCCAAAAAGAAAGAAUCACAAAUGAGAAAAGAGAAAGAGACACUUUUGGCUAAGAGAGUUGAGUUAAAGUCGGACCGUAAAGCCAGAGCAAUGGCUUCCAGAACCAAGGACAAUUUCAAAGGCUACAAUGGAGUUCCAGUGGUGGAGGUUCCUAAAAAAAGGGGCUCAAAACAAAAUUCACAGCAAAAUGAUUCAGAUGAUGCUGAAAGAUUCAGAAAUAACGCAAUCGACCCACUGGAUGAUGAAGAUUAUUAUGAGUAUGAGCAGAGCGAAUCGGAGACGGAGCAAGAACCAGAGCAGCCGAGACCACGGAAAACCAUGGGUGUUAGUGGAAGCAGCAGCAGCAGUAGCAGCAGCAAAUCAUCUUCUAAGAAAUCUUGUGGACCACCCAAACCUGCCCAACCUACCAUGAACUUUGCUGACUUACUCAGAUUGGCGGAGAAGAAGCAGUUUGAGCCGGUUGAGCUAAAGCCCAAAGUGAAAAAGGAGGAGAGGCUCCACACAGCCGAUGAGAUCCGGGAAAUGGAGAUGGAGCGCCACGCUAAGAGACCUGACAAAAGCAGAGACUUAAAAGUAGAGAAAGAAAGAGAUGUCAAGUCUCAGUCUAGCUCUAGUUCUGUAAGAAAAGGGACUGUACAGAAGGAACAGAAGCAUUGCAAACCGCAAAAGAACUCUCUAGAAAAGCCAAGUGUGCCUUCAAAAUCAGGCAAGAGGCCACCCCCAACACAGUCAGGCGAUAGAGGCCCGUCUUCUUCCAAGUCCUCCAUUAGCAACAGAGAAAAGGAUAGAGCCCAUGCAUUUCAUAGCAAUGGAGAAAGAUCCAAGACGAGUAUGUCAAGUACAUCAAGUGCUACGAACAGUAAAGGUCCAUCAAAAGUCUCAUCAUCUCAGGUUUCUGCCAAACAAUCGGGCCCCAGGCCCUCGUCGAGCCACAAAUCUAGCACCUCAAGUGACCUUAAAUCCAGAACUGAAAGCUCGUCGUUACUUCAAAAAGGAGCCUCUGGCACUUCAGGGAACAGGUAUUCUAGUGCUGCUUCUUCAAGUACAGGCCAAAAGUAUCACCAGGGGAGCUCACAACAGACCAGACCCAAUCAGGGUAGCACCUUAAAGCAAGGACCUACGGUUGGAGGCCAUAAACCUAGUAAAGGAGAAUUACAAAGGGCCGGAGUUAAUUCUGCAGUCAAAUCAAGUGGUAGUUCAACGAUGAGACCUUCGUCAGGCGGUCCUUCCAAGCCACCGAGCCAACUUCCAGGAAGGCCUGGAGGUACACCCCACACAAAACCUAGUAGUAUGCCCCAAGUCAGGCCUGGUGGAAGAGGCGUACAGGGUCACCCCAGAGGUGGGGCAUCCCGGCCUCCUGGAGCUGUGCCAAAUAGGCCUAGUGGUGCAGGACCGGUGCCGGGGAGACCAACUGGCAGCUUUGGCUCAGGACCAGGAAAACCCAAGUGCACUGUGGUGUCAGAGACUAUAUCAUCUAAGAAUUUUGGUGGGCCCAGAUCAGGAGUUCCCCCUCGGCCAGGAAUGCCGCAGAGACCGGGAAUGCCGCAGAGACCGGGAAUGCCGCAGAGACCAGGAAUGCCACAGGGACCAGGAAUGCCACAGAGACCAGGACCAGGAAUGCCACAGAGACCAGGGAUGCCACCCAGACCUACAAUGAAUAGACCACCAGGAACAAUGUUACCACCCAUCACAUCAGCAUACAAGAGGAAAUAUGAGGAUGAAGAGGCUGAGUAUGAUUCUGAAAUGGAUGAUUUUAUUGAUGAUGGAGGUGAUGAGCAAGAUGAAAUUUCAAGGCACAUUCGGGAAAUCUUUGGUUAUGAUCGAAACAGAUACAAAGAUGAGAGUGACUAUGCACUUAAAUUCAUGGAAAGCAGCUGGAAAGAUAUUGCUAAAGAAGAAGCCAGGAGUCUGCGAAUGGCUGUACAAGAAGAUUUGGAGGAGGAGAAACGAGAGGAAGAGGAGAUGAAUCGGAAAAAACCCAAGAGGCAGAAAACUAACUGAAGCUGUUCCUGUUAAGAUUAUUAUCUUUUGGUCUUCUGAAACAUGGGAGCGUGUCUGCCAUCUCCACACAUGAAGCCGGGUGACUGUCCGUCAGCAUUUUUCCAUGUUGCUCUCUUAGUUUUUUUUUUGCUUUUUUUUACCUUCUUUUUGGACACAAGAUGAACUCUAGUGAAAGACAACCAGGAAAAAAAGACAAAAUAUGCACAAAUUUUGUAACCAUUAGAAUAUUAGUUUUCAUGUUUUCCCUGUUAUUUAUUUUCUCCAGAGUGCUGGAUUUACAGUUGUAAUUAUCUGUAAAGACUAGACCUUCAACAGCUAUAAAUAUGGCAGUGUGUGUGUGAUUUAUUUUUAUUUUUAACUAACACUAUGGAAAAUAUUGAUAAUUUACUAUUUUUCGCGUGAAAGGUAGCCUAUUGCUUUUUUUUUUUUUCCAAAUGAUUGUAUAGUCUGAUGAAAAUACAGAAAAUGUUACAAUUUGUAAUCUAAUAUUGUGUGUUUACAUUUCACAAAUAAUGACAU